AUGGCUAAGUUCCUAGUAGUUUUCGACAUAAGUGGAACUCUGCUGAGGAAGUACCACAAGGCCAAAAAGGAGCACCGAGAGCUUGCUUCCAUGGGCAUAAAGCCGGACGCCAAUUUCAAGAGUUAUCUCAUUUACAACCGUCCCCACUUGGACCUGCUGAUAAAGUUUCUUAAGACGCACAACACUAGCUAUGUGCUGUGGACGACGGGGAUGAGGCAAAAUGCGGUGCAUCUGGUCAAACACUUAGAGCUUGUUGGGUUUAACCGUUUCCUGGAUUGGUACUCACAGCUUGAUUGCAAAGUUGGGAAAGUCAAGAUUGAGUCUGAAUGCAACUUAUGGGUCAAAGACCUGAAUGUUGUUGCAAGAAAUCACGGUAUUGGUGUUGAGAGGUGUAUUCUUGUGGAUGACAGUGUUGACAAGUCCGUUCAUACCCAAAACUUUAUUUGCUGCCCCGAAUUUACGCCAGGAGCCGAGGACGACGGGAUUAAGUUUAUUUGUAAGCAUCUGGAUGACUUCUUUGAGUGCAAGGAGAACUGUAUUGCCAAGAAGAUAGAAUAUCGCAAAAAAGGGUAA